AUGUCUAGUUCAGGGGGCAGCAACGCCAAAAAGCCACGCAUUGACUCGAACAGUCUGCUUUCUACUGUACCAUCUCGAAUGUCACUUUCCAAUGGACCUGGAUCAUCAGGUGCUCGUCCACUCGUCGCAUUACUCGAUGGUCGCUAUUGUUCUAUCGAAAUGCCAAUACUUAAAGACAUGGCAACUGUAGCCUUCUGCGAUGCACAAUCAACAUCUGAAAUUCAUGAGAAAGUUCUCAACGAAGCAACUGCGGCACUAGUCUGGCAUGCAAUAACCUUGAAAAAAGAAGAUUUACUUAAAUUUAAAGCAUUAAAACUUAUCGUACGGAUCGGCUCUGCCUAUGAUAACGUUGAUAUAAAGGCGGCUGGUGAACUAGGUAUUGCUGUAUCAAAUAUUCCAUCGUUGUGUGUGGAAGAAAUGGCAGACACCACACUGAGUAUGAUCUUGAAUUUAUAUCGACGCACAGCUUGGUUAGCUCAAGCAGUCAAAGAAGGUAAACGUGUUUCAACUCCAGAACAAAUUCGUGAAGUUGCCACUGGUUGCGCACGUAUACGAAAUGAAACAUUAGGCAUUAUUGGUCUUGGACAAGUUGGCAUGGCUGUUGCUAUGCGAGCCAAAGUAUUCGGUUUUAAUGUUAUCUUUUUUGAUCCUUAUUUAUCCGACGGUAUCGACAAAGUUUUAGGCAUUACUCGAAUAUUUACACUACAAGAUUUACUCUACCGAUCGGACUGUGUCACACUGCAUUGUUCACUCAAUGAACACAAUCAUCAUUUAAUAAAUGAUUUUACGAUAAAACAAAUGAGACCUGGCGCAUUUCUUGUUAAUGUGUCACGUGGCGGUCUCAUCGAUGAGACAGCUCUAGCCGCUGCAUUGAAAGAUAAUCGCAUUCGUGGUGCAGCAUUAGACAUAUUAGAAAAUGAGCCGUACAACUUAGCUGCUGGCCCAUUGAAAGAUGCUGUGAAUCUAAUAUGUACACCACGAACAUCGUGGUAUAGUGAAGCGAGCUCGCAAGAGAUACGAGAGAAUGCUGCACAUGAAAUACGUCGUGGUUUAAGUAGUAAAAUGCCUGCUUCACUUCGUUAUUGUGUCAAUCGAGAUUAUCUUAACGUGCCUCGUUCUGCCUAUGACAGUGCGUUGAAUGGAGCAACAUUUUCAUCGCUAUUUCCAUUAGCAGCACCAUUCCUUUCGUCACCGGGACUGUUAGGUGAUCCAUCACUAGUAGGUUCCAUACCUCCACCAGUCCUAUCGUCAGCGCUUCAACAACAAUCAGCAAGUUCAUCGACAGGCAAUGUCACAUCAAGUAGUAGUACACCAUCGUUACUUUCAGCUGCUGGAAGUAAUUCGCCAGUCGUUGUACCUGUUAAUAUUGGUGAGUCGGCUUUACAAGCAGCGGCAAAAGCCGCAGCUGCUUCACUUGGAAGUAACAAUGGCGGAGAAUCAACUGGCGGAGAUUCAAUGCACUAA